GAGGCGCGAGACGGGGUCCGCACCCGCAACGACCCGGCAGCACCUUUUCAAAGAUCAACAAUCACUGAGAGGCAAGGCAUAACGCAGGUUCAAUGCUUUUCACGCGAAAUCAUCCAUGGCUCUUUGUCGGCCAAUGGAAACAACGCAACCCUGCUCGUCUACGAUCUUCAUCUCGACACAACCAAGAAAUCCCGACGUAUUCGCGAGGCCCAAGUCAAGUUCGAGUUCAGGAGCAGCAGCACAGGAAGCUCCGCGCCCCAAGUAGUAAAUAUAGCACCGUAUAGAAGCGUAUCUCUGCUGUCUAUAUCUGCUGAAGAGUCUAAGACUCUGGGAUAUGGACUAUCAGCCGGAGCCAGCCAGUUUACCAGCGUGGAGAGCUCAGUAAAAUUUGAGAAGACGGUCAACCAAACCAAAAACGACUCUGCUAGAGUCGCUGGUGGUUUUCUCUGCAACGACUACGGCAAGCAAGUGGGUGCACAGUGGAUCCUUUUCGAGAACGAGUUAGUAGCUUCGGGCACCCCGAAAUUUAUGCGCUUUGCUAUUCUGCUUGACAGGGAAAACGAUGAGGACAAUUUCGAAUGCAAGGUCACUAUCGAUGCCAGUGGGGAUUGGAAAGCAGUACUAGGAGGAUUGGUUAGGUCUACGCCGCGCGAUGAUCCUAUCCUAUUUGACCCGACUUUCCCGCCUACAAACAAACUUCGUAAAGGCUACGAUAUUGAGAAUUUAGGAUCUGUAGACUUGGAUGAGCUUGUGGAGAUCGAGUUUGAUAAGCCGCUGAAGAAGAAAUUUGAGGGGCAUUUAGUUUGA